UCAAGCAUCCACAUUGCAGUAAACCUCUUCUUCUCACUUCCUGCUCGCUCUUCACACUGUUCUUGAUGUGUGCUUCAACGAUGUGGAUGCAGGUUACACUGCUGCUCAUCUGCAUGAUCUCCUCAGGAGCAUGUUCACUGAAAUGUUAUCCAGCUGUCGAUUACGAUUACACCACGGGUAAAUACAUAUACGCCAACUGCACUGAUACGUGUGCCAGAACAACCACUUCUGUGGACAUCUAUCUUGUAAGUGGUGUAUCAGGUCUAUCGCUCAUAGCAACGGAUGAUAUCAUGGAUUGUGGAGCACCGGAUAGGUGUGUAAAUGCCAGUAUGAAUAUCGGUGUGGUGAAAAUCGCCAACAACACCAAAUGCUGCAAGACUAAUCUCUGCAACAACCAAACCCUGCCAGCUAUGCCACAGCAGUCCAUCAACGGGAGAAAGUGUUACACCUGUAACGAUGUCGACUGCUUUCAGACUCUGUAUUGUGAGGGAGCAGAAGAUCGCUGCAUCACGGCAACAGUUGCUCAAGGACCCAAAAUAAUGAGGACGAAAGGAUGCACAACCAAUAACAUCUGCAACACGACUUUCUUCAGAGCUCAUGGACUCAUCUUAACAGAUGUGGAGUGUUGUGAGGGGAACUUCUGUAACAGUGCUGAGAUCUUCACACUCAGUUUCCUCCUCAUGUUCGUCCCUCUGCUCACCUCCGUCCUCUUCUAGUGAGAAACCCUUCAUGUGGCUAUAUUAUGACAAGAUAGAUAGAUAGAUAGAUAGAUAGAUAGAUAGAUAGAUAGAUAGAUAGAUAGAUAGAUAGAUAGAUAGAUAGAUAGAUAGAUAGAUAGAUAGAUAGAUAGAUAGAUAGAUAGAUCUGUAAACUACAUGCUUUCUUUUCUCUUUAACAUGUUACUCAACCAGAUGUAAACAUAAGUAGUAAGAUCUCUCAUUACUGAUGGAGAAAACUGUUUCAUCACCUGAUGUAAAAGUCACUCAUCAUCCUCAUCAUCAUCCUCAUCAUCAUCUGUACACUUCGUUGAUCUCUGUUCAUGCUGUUCAGCAUCGGUAUGGAAAACAAGUUCCUGUACUUUGCUUAUCAGCUCAUUUAGCUGUGAAACAUGGCGUCUGUACACAGUGUGUAAGCUCUCUUCUCAGUUUCGAUACUGAUGUGAAGUUGCCAUUUGUUUAAUUCAUUAGUUAAUGUCAACUACACUAAUUUCAGUUUGUACCUCUCUGUUUGUUUGCAUAAAGUGCUUCACAGGCAAAGACUUAAAAAUCUUAAUUUCUUAAACAAGACACGUCACAAAUAGUACUGAGGUUUUCAUCAUGUUUACAGAACUCAGGACAAAAUUACAUUUAUAGCAUUUGGCAAAUACACUUAUCCAGAGAAACUUACAUUUUUAUGUCAUUUUUAUACAACUGAGAAAUUAAGCAUUAACUCUGCCUGCUCAGGGGUCCAGCAAAGGACACUUGUUCCCCGGGGGACAAUUGGGCACAAAAAUCUAGACUUAUAUACCCAAGAUAAUAUAUAUAAAAAAUAUAAAUGAAACUAGGAUUUAAAUAACUAUACCGGUAAAGAUGUAUUAUUGCACAGUGAGAUAUGUUGUUGUACAGUGAAAUUAUACAUUAUACAUUAUAUAUGUCCAAUGGACAGGUACAGUAGGACACCUUGGUUAAAUAAUUCUGCAGCUAAACAUACACCGGUAUCAGUCCAGGACAUCGUGGAGCGGGUGAAGGAUGUUGUCUGAGAUGUCCAGUAGCUUAGACAACAUCCUUCUUUCUGACAAUACAUUCAGAGUCCAGUUCCACCUCCCAACAUCAC